AUGGCAGCCACUCCGACUGCAACAGGAGCAGAAUGGAGUACUGCGAUAUCCAACAGAGAUCAUGGCCCCUUGGUCACGAUAACAGUAUGUCUGAUGUUGGUGGCGACAUUCCUGUUCAUGGGAUUCCGGAUGACCAUCCGAUGGCCAUGGUCGAAGCUGGUGGGCUACGAUGACAUGGCAACGAUUAUAGGAAGCGUAAGGUGCCAGAUCCGCCUCUCGAUGCGUUUGCUGAUGUUCAACAGUUGUUUGCGUGCGCGCAAAGUACUGCCGUACUCAUAUCGGUCCACAGGGGGCUCGGCAAGCAUCGAGCUGACCUGGGCGAGGCCGAGGCGCAGGCAGCUAUCAAGGUAACCAAGCCUUUAGCUCCUUGCUGUGGCAGUGGAAUCACUGACAGACUAUAUUCAGGCCGCCUGGAUCAGCGACAUUAUCUCCGUCUUGGCACUGACUGGUUCCAAGCUGGCAGUCUCAUUGCUGAUACUGCGCCUGUCCACAUUCAAGAAGCAUGUUCUUGCCGCGAGAGUGGUAUCGAUCCUCAUUGGCAUAUGGGGUGUCCCUGCGGUCGUCAUGACGUCUCUUCAGCGGGCAAGCUCACAAGAGCGGAACCGGGAUGGCUGGAUUGGCGUGGGAGUGUACAGUGUGCUGCUCGAAAUCGCCCUCAUUGUCCUCCCGGUCUAUCUCGUGUGGAACCUGCAGAUGCGACUGUCAGCGAAAGUUACUGUCGUCGUUGGAUUCCUUUUCCGCAUUCCGUAGGUGAAGAGGUUCCCAACACAAUCUGGCGACUAACGGUUGUCGUAGUGCAACCGCAUUGGCAGUGGCGCGUGUUUACGCCGUCGUCAAGAUGUUUUCGGUCGAAAGCCACGAUUCCAGCAAGUCGAUGACCGAUUUCACAUGGCUUUACGUCAACCCCACAAUCUUUACCACGAUCGAGAUGCACUACUCUCUUCUGGCGGCGACGAUUCCUUGCAUGCAUCUCUUCCUGCGACAGUUCUCGACGGGAUACAUGGGCACGACGAAUGCGCAGCUCCAGGGAACGAUGCUCGGGUCCAAAGGGAAUCUGAGCGACUCGUACGCCUUAAGCAGUACCCGGAGCAGACAAGGUGGGUUCAAGAGGAGCAGAAGAGGCGGGACCGAGAGGCAAUACAGCGAUAUCGAGGCCGUGUCGAGAGCGCUAUACCAGGUUAGUCCGGCAGUGACAACCGUCAGCGCGAGCCGAGAGAAUCGUCCCGAUAGUGUCGCGAGUGAUGGCAGCGAGAAGAUUAUGGUUCGGCAGACAGUCGACGUCAAGUGGCAGGAUAGUAAUGAGGACGAUGCGCACUGA